CCCCUGGGCCCUGAGGGAGGGGAAAAGGCCGCAAUGGUGCCGAGCAGCGAGGAAAAAGUGUGGUACACAGCCCUGCGGCCCCCGAGGUCAGGGUAGGAGCGGAGGAGGAGGCAAUCCAAGCGCCAGAGCAGAGACCCUAACACCUUGAAGGCCUCUGGGAGUGAUUGUGCCAUUUCAUCCAUGCUGCAAAUCUCUGGAGGUGAAAUCAAACUACAUCACAUGAAUGUAUGGCCAUUAAAGCCUCAAGUUUAAAAGCAGCAAAUCAAGUGAAGACAGCAACAAAGGAAGCACACAUAAUGGUUAAUUUGACUGGUAAACAUGAUUUCAAGCAGCAGGCAUCAGUCUCAGAGAAGCUACAUGAUGUUGCCAUGUUCCAUAUUAAUUGAGAUGGUGAUCAUGGCAGGGACCGUGAUGCUGGCUUAUUACUUCGAGUACACGGACACCUUCACCGUCAACGUGCAAGGCUUCUUCUGCUACGAGGGCGCGUACCGAAAGCCCUACCCGGGCCCGGAGGACCGCAGCGCUGUGCCGCCGGUGCUCCUCUACUCGCUGACCGCAGGCGUGCCCGUGCUGGUGAUUAUCGUUGGAGAAACUGCAGUCUUUUGUCUACAGUUAGCUACAAAGGAUUUUGAAAACCAAGAGAAAACAAUAUUAACUGGAGACUGUUGUUAUAUAAAUCCACUGGUGCGCAGGACCAUCAGAUUCCUUGGAAUUUACGCAUUUGGACUGUUUGCUACGGACAUCUUUGUAAAUGCUGGACAAGUAGUAACAGGGAAUCUUGCACCCCAUUUUCUUGCACUUUGUAAACCCAACUAUACAGCACUUGGAUGUAAACAGUACACACAGUUCAUCAGUAGCGUACAUGCCUGUACUGGAAAUCCAGACCUUAUCAUGAAAGCCAGAAAGACUUUCCCAUCCAAAGAAGCAGCACUAAGCGUAUAUGCAGCUAUGUAUCUGGCUAUGUAUAUCACCAACACAGUGAAAGCCAGAGGAACAAGGCUUGCAAAACCUGUUCUGUGCUUGGGUUUAAUGUGCUUGGCCUUCCUUACUGGAAUCAACAGAGUAGCAGAGUAUCGAAAUCACUGGUCAGAUGUAAUAGCAGGAUUUGUAAUUGGAAUAUCUAUAGCAGUAUUUUUGGUUGUUUGUGUGGUAAAUAACUUCAGAGGACGUCAGCCAGAACAUGAACACUCUCAUCUGGAUAAUCUGACCCAGAUGCCCAUGAUCAGCAUACCCAGAGUAGAAAGCCCUUUAGAAAAGAACCACAUCACGGCCUUUGCAGAAGUCACAUGAUGUUGAUGCUGAUGUAUAUUCACUCCAUUGGACUUCAUCUCUUUUCACAGCCCACACAUGAUAUUUGCAGUGUAUCAAAAAUACAAAAUUUUUAGAAGUCCUAUUUCUGACUUGAUUUUUACAUCACUAAAAUGAUACCAACAUUUUGAAGAAUUCUUAAAUAUUAGAACGUCACUUUACUUUCUAGCAAAAAUAUUAACUGUUUACUUUUAUGGUGGAAUGGGACAAACUGAGCACUAAUUAUGUGACAUUACCCUCUAUUUUGGCUUCUCAUUGUUUUCAAUGGUUCAUAUACCAACAGUACUUUGUAUUUUGAUUUAACUUUGAUUUUUAAAAUCUACAUUUUUAAUUUAGCAUGAACUUGUUUCCAUUUGAGGCAAUUUCAGUGUAUAAAAACUAGACAAAUAUUAUGUUCUGUAUGAAAAUGCUGUUUGCACAUUGUAUUACGCUGUAUUCCAUGUAAGAUAUCAUUCAAACAGUAUGUUCUAUGUAAGACUGGUGCUUCUGCUUUUGAAGAGAAAAAAAUGCCAAUUUUUACUGUAAUAAGUAUUGUAUCAUAAUUAAAGGUUUAUUUAUUUGGAUAUUUUCCUGACAUAAUUGUAGUUGAAUUGUUGUUUUGUAGUUCUUGAAUGUCUUGAAUGACAUAUAUGUAUCUAGGUUAAAAGAAAUGAGAAUAAUAUAGAAAGUUUGAUCUUUGAUAUAUAUCUUUAUUACUAAUGAUAUCCCAUGAAAGGUUAAGGGCUCUGUUCUUAGCUUAGCAUAUCUGAUGGGCAGC